CAUCCGCUCAGAGCAAAUCUGGAAACCAUUGCAAAUAUUGAGCGCAAGGGUAUUUUUGCUGUAGUUGUCGUUACUGCCGUCGACGAUAUUAUCCAAUUGGGAUUCAUCUACCCUGGUGAUAAUAUUUCUAAGCAUGAUAUGCCCGCCUACGAGGUUGCCAGACUGGUUCAGUUGAUGUGGGUGGACAUCAUGCGAAUACCAUUGUUUGAACUUUCGUUAAAUGUUUGGCAUCAUCGACACUACCGAAACUGUUACAACCAAUAG